GUUUUCCUCCUGCUGUUACUCGGCUGAUGUGUUGUUUGUGUUUUGAGCUCUUAAGCAGUGUAUAAAACGCACAGAAUGUGUGCCCGUUAUUUCUCUGAGCAAAGCGCAUCUUAGGAACAGAGUGGUUCACUCAUCCCUAGUUUCUGGUGACUAUAUCUUAAAAGCUGACAAAGAAAAGUCUCCAGGCAAGCUCUGUGUGCUGUGAAGAUGGAGUUAGUUAAAGUGGAGCUCGUGGACAUGAGUGCUCCAGAACCCUGCGGAGUGAAAGAUGAAGAUGCCGAGGAACAGACAGACCACAUGGAGGUGAAAGAGGAAAGAGAAGAACCGAGUGACAUCAAGGAGAACCACUUUAUUGAAAUGCCUGAAGAUUUUAAAGUUGGAGAAGAGUCUUUAACUGAAACAACAGAAGCCACAAAUUCGUUCUCCUGCCCUCAGUGUGAAAAGACCUUCACACAUAAAGGAAACCUUAGGGAUCACAUAAAAAUUCACAUCGGAGAGAAGCCUUACGCAUGUCGUCUGUGUGGAAAAAGUUUCAUUCACAAAGGACACCUUAACGAUCACAUGAGGAUUCACACGGGAGAGAAGCCUUACGCGUGCCAUCUGUGUGGAAAGAGCUUCACGUGUAAAGGAAGCCUUAAUGGUCACAUGAGAAUUCACACGGGAGAGAAACCGUUCACGUGCCACCUGUGUGGAAGGAGUUUUACGUGUAAAGGGAGUCUUACGUGUCAUGUGCGGAUUCACACGGGAGAGAAGCCGUUCACUUGCCCUCAGUGUGAAAAGAGCUUCUCACAUAAAGGAAGCCUUAAGUGUCACAUGAGAAUUCACAUCGAAGAAGGGCCUUUCACAUGCAAUCAGUGCGGGAAGAAUUUCACACAGCAAGAAUACCUUAAAAAUCACAUACGAAUUCACACCGGAGGCAAGCCUUUCACGUGCCACCUGUGUGGAAAGGGUUUAACGUGUAAAGGAAGCCUCAGGUGUCACAUGCGAAUUCACACGGGAGAAAAGCCAUUCACGUGCCUUCAGUGCGGAAAGAGCUUCACAAAUAAAGGAAACCUUAAGAUUCAUGCAAGGAUUCACACGGAAGAGAGCCCUUUGACUUGCCUUCAGUGUGGAAAGUGUUUCACGCACAAAGAAAACCUUAAGUGUCACAUGAGAGUCCACACCGGAGAGAAGCCGUUCACUUGUCAUAAGUGCGGAAAGAGCUUCGCUCGGAAAGUAAUCCUUCAGAAUCACAUAAAAACUCACUCCGGAGAGAAGCCUUACACGUGCAACCAGUGCGGAAAGAGAUUCACAGAUAAAGGGUACAUCAAGCGUCACAUGCGAAGUCACACCGGAGAGAAGCCGUUCACAUGCCCUCAAUGCGGAAAGAGUUUCACGCAUAAAGGAAACCUUAAAAUUCACAUCAGAAUUCACACCGGAGAGAAACCCUCCAAGUGUCCUCAGUGCGAAAAGAGCUUCACACAUAAAGGACAGCUUAAAGAUCACAUGAGAAUCCACACCGGAGAAAAGCCCUACACGUGUCCUCAGUGCGGAAAGAGCUUCAAAUGUAAAGGACACCUCAAGACACACAUAAGAACUCACACCGGAGAGAAGCCUUACUCGUGCCACGAGUGCGGCAAGAGCUUCACAGUUCAGAGAAGCCUAAACAUGCACAUGAAAUAUCAUUCAGGAGAGAAAUUGCAUGAGUGCUCUGAGUGCGGCAAGAGGUUUGCAGAGAGCAACACUUUCAAAACGCAUUUGCUCAUUCACUCUGAAGAACGGCCGUUUAGUUGCGAUCAGUGCGGGAAAAAGUUUAUUCUGGCGGCGCGAUUAAAAGCACACCUGAAGCUUCAUACGCAUGAGAGACCCUACUUAUGCUCUUUGUGCGGAGAGAGUUUCAAACUGCUCGGCAGCUUAAAAUCGCACCAGAAAAUACACGCCAGUGAGAAAUCGCAUGUGUGUCCUGAGUGCGGUAAGGCUUUUACUAGAGCGACAUACUUGAAACGGCACCAGCGGACCCACGCUGGAGAAACCCCUGGAAAGGGUUCAUUAGUUCAAGAACCCUAAAACCACAAGAAUGCAUACUGGAGAGAAGCCAAGCCAAGGAUUUUCAGUGUAGCUCGACCCGACUGUGUGACCCUACAUUGGACAAACAGUUUGAAAAAUUGAUUUUAAGCACAUCGAUUUAUCUACUGCUUCACAUUAUCCAGAGUAGAGCAAUGCAAAGUUUGUCUUCGGUAAUGAGUAAAUAGUGUGAGAUUCAGGUAAAGUAGAAUUUCACCCAAAAUGGUGCUUUAAUCUAAGAGG